UGUAGACUAAUGUGAUUGGCAACACUGGGAUCAUAUGAUUGUUCAAUGAAGGAGCACGUCUGAUAGGCGUCGACGUACCUUCUCGGGCCAGUUUUUAAUUUUCUGGCUCUUUAUCGGUUGUUUUUCGUGUUAGUGGUGCUAAAUAAUAACCUACAGCCAUGGCGCUCAGCGAUGCCGAUGUUCAAAAGCAGAUCAAGCAUAUGAUGGCCUUCAUCGAACAAGAGGCCAAUGAAAAGGCCGAAGAAAUCGAUGCUAAGGCGGAGGAGGAGUUCAACAUCGAAAAGGGCCGUCUGGUUCAGCAGCAACGCCUCAAGAUCAUGGAAUACUAUGAAAAGAAAGAAAAACAAGUAGAGCUCCAGAAAAAGAUUCAAUCAUCGAACAUGCUGAACCAGGCUCGUCUGAAGGUACUAAAAGUGCGUGAGGACCACGUACGUAACGUACUGGACGAGGCCCGCAAGCGCCUGGCUGAGGUACCCAAGGACAUCAAGCUGUACUCAGAUCUCCUGGUCACUCUCAUUGUGCAGGCUCUCUUCCAGCUUGUGGAGCCCACAGUGACCCUCCGCGUGCGACAAGCCGACAAAGCUCUGGUUGAAUCUCUGCUUGGCAGAGCCCAGCAGGACUACAAGGCCAAGAUCAAGAAGGAUGUCGUGCUCAAGAUCGACAAUGAGAACUUCCUUCCCCCUGACACCUGUGGAGGAAUUGAGCUGAUUGCUGCCAAGGGACGCAUCAAGAUCAGCAACACGCUGGAGUCGCGCCUGGAGCUGAUCGCGCAGCAGCUGCUGCCGGAGAUCCGUAACGCGCUGUUCGGACGCAACCCUAACCGCAAAUUCACCGACUAAGCCCCAACGGUGACCCACAUUCACUCGUUAUACUAACAACAUAUUUAAAUUUCAUAAUAUGUAGAAGUAAAAUAAUAUUAUAAGUGUUUUCUUUUGCCUAAUUAAUUAUAUCGUAUAAUGCGUACAAUUAUAUCUGUAUUAGUAUGUAUUGAUGAAUGGUCCCGUUAAAGACACUCGUACAAAUGCGAUCAUGUGGAUUUCUGAUUCUCGGCAUGUCAUUGUUCACUCGACUGUACAUUAGUUUCGCCAAUUAACCAACAUGCAAAUGUUAAAUGUUUUAUUAUAACAAUUCAUUCGUAUAGCAUCAUGUCUAUGUAUUUAGGGAACGUAGUUUAUAGGAUUUGAGAACAGUUAAGACGUUACCACAUUUAGGCGAAAUAAUAUAUGUCGCUAAGUAUUUCAUAGAAAUUGAGGCACCUAUCUGAUACAGUAUUAUAGCACAAUGACAGUUUGAGCAGUAGAUGGUUAACGUAUCUAAAACUAUUGCGUUUCAAAUCUUCCAUAUUUAAUGUUACUGAAUGUUUUGAAUAUUUAUCGUGUUUACCUGUUUAUUGGCUGAUGUAGGAGGCAUUGAGGUCUGUAGGUUUGAGACUUGACGGCAGCAUCCCAUGCUGUUUCUACUUAAAUCGAAGCAAAGAUUUGGCUGGUGGCAGUGUGGUGUCAAGUGCCAACUCUACAGCUGCAUAACAUUCCUACCUCGUGUUCCAACUGGCAAUAUGAUAUUUUGGCUUGCUUAGCAGAUGCAAAGAGCACCUUAACUCUUAUAAAAUAAGAUACAAGUGUAAUUUCCGUUAUGGCAAUGUUAAAAAUUCUUAUGUAAAUAUAUAGAUGUGUUGGAA